AUGCUUGGCUACGGUAUUCUCUCGAUCGUCUUGGCCAUUGUCGCCUGUCUCUUGGCGUCCUUCGCACUCGUCGUGCCCGCUUGGUCGGCGCUCGACAAUCUCUCGUUCACCGGGUCCUCGUUCACGCUCCAUACACGCUUCGCCGCCGGUGUGUGGGGCUAUUGCACGGACGUGCGCAUGGACACGUCUGCGGGCUCGUACCUCGGGCACUGCGUCCUCUACCAGCCCCACGCAUCGACGACCACCACCAACUCUGUGACGAUCGAUGGCACCGGGCUCUGCACCCUCGACACGGCAUCGUCGGCGUACGCAGCGCUUCGGUCGGCAUCCCAUCUCGACGCGUCUAUGUUUGACGCCUUUGCUGCCGACGCGUGCGGUGUCUCGGCGUGGCUCACACUCGCGUGCGUUCAAGUCGUCAUUGCUCUCGCCGUGAUCGGCAUCGUCUCCGAGUGCGUCGCGCUCGUCGCUGGCUGCUGCGGCGGCAAGCGCUUCCUCCAAGCCCACGCAACCCUGGUUCACCUGACGGCCAUGAUGCUUGCUCUCUUCAUGGCAACUGCGACCAUGAUUGCAUGGGCCGUGCAAGCGCCGGCGCAAUUGUCGUACGGCGCGUCAUUCCACUGGCUCAUCGCAGCGUUUGUGCUUUGCAUGGCUUCGCUCUCUUGCGGCUUCAAGUACCGCAUCGAGGCGCUGCGGGUCGCCAGCUUUAGCCCCGUCCCGCUGCCGACGCGGCCGUCCGUCACCAAAGACGACGAUCUCUUUGGCACGUCCCAGACGCCGUACCAGGAAGAAGACCAGGAGCCUGCGAUCGUCUAG